ACUCCGUAUUAGGUAGCUCGAGUCCGAGAAAAAGAGAGUAAUGUAAUGUUUGAGUCUGGUCCGUCUGGAAUCAUGCCACUAAGCGAGUAAAAGCCUUCCGUCGCCCUUCGUCAAUUGAAGCUGCCGUCGACAAGACCAAGUUCCAACGCAUCCCGCAAGACAGCAAUCCGCAUCCGCCGAAUCGACAAACCCGUUCAAUCGCCGCCGAGUCGCCGACCACUACGCGGCCCAGGCGACAACCGUCUGUUUGUCUAGGUCCUCCAGUCUCCACCGCAUCACCGCACGUCCGCUGUCCGCACCUGGCAGUCCGGCACCACGACCGGACGACCGCGCCUUCAGCCUCCAGUUUUGAAGUGCAUUCCUUCUACUGCUAGAGUUGCAGUUUUUAGCAAUGGAGGGUUUGCAAGUUGAUGGUGACAACCACUCUGCUGUGCAUGGUAAAGACGGGUCUUUCAAUAAUUCCAAAGAUAAUCCAACAACUGCUGAUAUUGAUGAGAAAGAUAACCUAGAAGUUGACUUGCCAGAACCGCACUGUUCUACAGAAUCUGGAAUUGUUGAUAUUACUAACAAAGGUGAUGAACUAGAGGUUUCUGAUGCAAAACAUAAUAACCUUGAUAAAGAAGUGACUGAGGUUGAGGUGGUAAUAAAUUCUGAGAAUAAAAUUUCCAGUAAUCACUGCUUAGAGAAUGAUACAUGCUUACUUAUCUCUAAAAACAAUGAUGCAAUGGAUAUUGAUGAGGGCAAGUUAAAUGUUACGGAAGAGGGUACCUCUGUCUCUAUUAAGGACUUCGAUGUUGUGCAGACAGAUAAUGGUGAGAAAAAUUUAGAUGUUACUAAUAGUGCAGAUAACACAGCCUCAAGUACCUCAACUGAAGACACUGAUAUUAUACAGACUGUGGUUGUCCCUGACAAUAAACAUUCUGCAGUUGUUGCCAACAAUAAAGACAACUUACCUCAUUCUCAGGAGUGUUUGCAAAUGGAUGGUGAUAACGAUGCUGUUAUUCAUGAUAAAGCUGAGUCUUUUAAGAUUUCCAAUGAUAAUCCAACAUCUACUGAUAUUGACAUGGAAGGUAAGUCAGGAGACGACUUGCCAGAACCGCACUGCUUUACAGAAUCUGGAAUUGUUGAUAAUACUAACAACGAUGAUAGAAUAGAGCUAUCUGAUGCAAAACAUUACCUUGAUAGAGAAGAAGUGACAAAAGCUGGGGGUUUUGUAAUAGAUUUCAAGAAUACAACGCCCACUAAUCACUGUUCAGAAAAUGAUCCAUGCUUAGAAACCUCGAAUAACAAUGAAGCGAUGGGUAUCACUGAGGACAUGUUAGAUGUUACAAAAGAGAGUAGCAAAAUCUCCGUUAGGUACUCUGGUAUUUUACAAAUGGAUAUUGGUGAGAAAAAGUUAGAAGUUAUUAACAGUGCAGAUAACUUAGCCUCAACUAAAGAUGCUAACAUUGUACAGAGUCUACAGACUGUGUGUGUCCCUGCACACGAAAUUUUGGAUGGUCGUGAAUCUGAGCCAAAAGAUGUCCAGAAUGUCGAUUUAGAUUUGGGAAGAAAUGCUGCAAUGGCUAGAAGAGAGGGUACACCAAACAAUGAUCAAGCGAGUAGUCGGGAAUCUUUGGACGACUGUCAACCACAUACUGUUGUCGCACUGGAAGAAAACACGAAACCAGUUCAUAUUGAAAACUUCAAGCAGCUAGGUAGAGAGUCCAAGUGUAAGCUUGUGGGAGAGGUAGAUAACAGUCAGAACAUGGGAGUGACAACAAUUACUGAUCCACUCCUGGGAACUGAUGUUUCACAUGUUGCGGCCCAUAUGGAGGUGGAAGUUGAGCAAGUGGUGGAAAUGGAAAAGGGACCAUCAAAGACAAACGAUGGGCACUAUUUGGUUGAUCCUCAUGCUCCAGAAACAGUAUGUAUAAGUGAUGAGCAACAACAUAGAGAUAAAGUAGAAAAGGAAGAAGAUGUUGUAGUGGUAGUAGAAGAAGAUUGUAAGAAACUUUAUUCUGAAACUGACAUGUCCGUAGCAAAGACUGUAAACUUAUAUCCUGGUUUUCUACAUCCUCCCGAAAAGCCUGGAAAGUUCACCGUAUCAGAUUUAGUUUGGGGAAAGGUCAGAAAUCAUCCGUGGUGGCCUGGACAGAUAUUUGAUCCUGCAGAUGCAUCUGAAAAGGCAGUUAGAUAUUAUAAGAAGGGGUGCUUUUUGGUAGCUUAUUUCGGGGACCGAACCUUUGCGUGGAACGACGCAUCCUUGCUGAAACCGUUCUGGUCUAACUUCUCCCAGAUCGUGAAGCAAAGCAAUUCCGAAACGUUUCAGAAUGCGGUCAGGUGUGCACUGGAAGAGGUUUCAAGACGGAUUGAAUUGGGCUUGUAUUGCUCUUGCAUACCCAAAGCUUUGUACAGUAAUAUUGCAUGCCAGAUUGUUGAGAACACAGGUAUACGUGAAGAAUCAAGCAGGAAAAUAUGGGGUGUUGACAAGUUUAUGGCAGGUGUGGAGGCGUUUGUACCAGACAAGUUGUUUCUGUUCUUGAAAGGAAUGGCAUGUUCACCCGAUGCUUCAUUUGAUCAGUUGGAUCUUGUUAUUGUCCGGGCCCAGUUAUUGUCUUAUUCCCGUUUCAAGGGAUCAAACGUACCUUCUGAGUUCUUGAUGGGUGGAGAGUUAUUAGAAAAUGAUGAUGAUGCAAAACCCAUCUUGAAUAAUAAGGUGGUUGCUCCCUCUCUUAAACGUAAGUACAGGUCCUCAAAAGAGAGACGGACAUCCGAGAUAAACGGAAGCUCUGAACUUGAAGGUGAACCGGACGGGACAAUGAUUGUUUAUUCCGCAAAAGUGUCACCUGUAACUCCUAACCCGCAGCCUUUCAAAAUUGGUGAACGCAUCAUGAGAGCCGCGAGCCACUUGAAAGGUGACUUUGUUCAACCAGAGCCAGCCAGUAGUUAUGGUCACAAACAGAACCCGUCCUGCAUCAUUGAGUUGUACUCUCAGCUUCAGAUGGUGGCACGUGCCCCAAUGAGAGAUUAUACCUUUUUGGAUACUUUUGUUAUGUUCAUGUUAGAUCUCAGUAGAUACUCAAAGAAGAAGUCUAAGUUGCAGCAGCAGAAUCUGUCCCACUCAGGAAGGCCUGCGGCAGUUGGUGGGGGUCGUAGAAAGAGGAAAGCUUCCCAGGUGGUGGGUGAUGAAGGUUUUGAGUUUGAAGAUGAUGUUAAUGACUCAUAUUGGACGGACAGGAUUGUUCAGAACUAUUCUGAGGAGCAACAUGAACUAUUGCAGCAGCAACAUUCUGUUAUUGGUGAUUCAUCAAACAAUAACAAAUCUUCUGAUCAUAAUAAAACAAGCCGGCGGUCAUACUGUAGGAAAAGGUACUCUAUCGGGAAUGAUAGUAAUUAUGACAUGGCGGUAGCAACAGAUGAGGAUGUGGAGAAGAAAAUGAGGGAGCCGGCAGAGCUUAUCUUGAAGUUUGGAGAGGGUGGUGGUUGGCUUCCUUCAGAGAUGAACCUUAAUAAGAUAUUCAGACGGUUUGGGCCUAUAAAGGAAUUAGAGACCGAAGUUCAUCCGGAAUGCUGUCGUGGGAGAGUGGUGUUUAAGAGGGGAUCUGACGCAGAGGUUGCUUAUAGCAGUGCUGAGAAGUUCAAUAUAUUUGGGUCAAUGCACGUGAGUUACGAGAUUAACUAUACACCUGUCAUCUCUGUUAGACCAGUGCUCCUCACAACUAUACCGCAAGAUGACGCUAUUUGAUCAGUUGACCAUGUCGUUUGGUAUACUUGAUACUUCAGGAAAAUAGAAGAGAAGAUGGAACAUUAGUUAUUACAGCUAAGUAGAAGUUAAAAGGCGUCAAAUUCAUAAUGGGGUUUUAGGAAAAAUGAAUUUUCUAUGCUUCUGGAAAAUGCAAAAAUGUUCAAUGUCCCAUGGAUCAUGGUGUAUUUAGAAUCUUUUAUUUGUCAGUUCACUUAUUAUGUGCAUAUAAAUUACUGUAUUUGAGUUGAGUUGAGUUGUAUAUUGCUCAUUGAUAACGACUACUGUCAGCCUAUUGUGGAGGGUGUAGUUUUGCUUGUUAAUAGUUAAGCGAUGUCAAGGUGUUUGGUAUUAUCAGGUAUCUGACCUUCUUGAGGCUUGACCCCUAGUCCCCUAGCAAGAGCGGUUGAGGUGUUUGUAGUCGUCUUAAUGGUUCCAUCUUUUUUUUGUCAAUGCCUGUUAAUUGGCUUUUGUAAUUUUUGUUUCUUGAGCUUUAGUUAAUAUACUACAAAUCGUAAUGUAUAAUGCCUAGUAGCAUCGAAGCAUUCAUUCCGUCAUUCGUAAGAAUUGAG